CGCCGCGGGGCAUGCUGGGACCGGAAGUGCGGCUGCCGCGAGGAGCGCGCGGGCGGCAUGGCGGCUGCGGGGAGGAGGAAGCUGGCGGAGCUGAGCGUCGACGAGUUCCUCACUAACGGCUUCGAGUCGGAGGCCGACAGCGGUUCGGAGGAGGAGGCCCGGCCGGCGGCGGGGAGGAGGCGGCCCCGGCCUCAGGCGGCCGUUCGAAAAAAAGGAAAGGCCUCUGAACAUAAAGACCAGCUCUCCCGGCUGAAGGAAAAAGAUCCUGAAUUCUACAAGUUUUUGGAAGAAAAUGACCGCACACUGCUGAACUUUGAUGAUUCAGACAGCUCGGAGGAGGAGGAGGAGGGUGGGUUGCACGUCCCACCUGACACACUAGAGGAAGCAAGUGAGGAAGAUGAAGACGAUGAUGAGGAAGAACGGGAGAAAGUCAAACAGAAGAAAGUUGAAUCCAUCCCUGUCAGCAUGACGAUGGUUGAGGAAUGGAAAAAAGCUGCGGAGAGAGGGCUAACACCAAGACUUUUCCAUGAAAUCACUCAAGCAUUCAAAGCAGCUGUAGCAACCACCAAAGGAGAUGAUGGUGGGGCUGAUCCCAGCAAGUUUCAAGUCCUUGAUGCUGCAGUGUUCAAUGCCCUUGUGUCCUUCUGUGUCCGGGACCUCUUCAACUGCCUGCAACAGCUGCUGGUUGUGAAAGCCUCAAAGAACAAACAAAAAAUGGUCCUCCCUUCCAGCAGUCCACUUUGGAGCAAAUUGCGACUGGAUGUAAGAAUGUACCUGACUUGCACCAUCCAACUCCUGUCUUGUUUAACAGAAGCCUCUGUUGGAGCAGCAGUCCUCCAGCAUGUCAGUUCCAUUGUGCCUUAUUAUCUGUCCUUCCCAAAGCAGUGCCGGAUGCUUCUCAAGCAAGCAAUUCAUUUGUGGAGCACGGGUGAAGAAACAGUAAGAGUGCUGUCCUUCCUUGUGCUGAACAAGAUCUGCCGCCACAGGAAGGAGGUGUACCUAAGUCCCUUGCUCAAGCAAAUGUACAUCGCGUUUGUGAAGAACUCCAGGUUUACUUCCCCCAAUGUGCUGCCCAUGAUCAACUUCAUGCAGCGAACACUGACAGAGAUGUACGCCCUGGACACACACACCUCCUACCAACAUGCCUUCAUCUACAUCCGCCAGCUUGCCAUUCACCUGCGCAGUGCAAUGACCAUCAAGAAGAAGGAGAACUUCCAGUCUGUCUAUAACUGGCAAUACGUGCACUGCUUGUAUUUCUGGUGUCGAGUUCUCAGCACGAUCUAUCCCAGCGAGGUCAUGGAGCCACUGAUCUAUCCUCUGACACAAGUCAUCAUAGGCUGUAUAAAGCUGGUGCCCACAGCUCGUUUCUACCCUCUGCGCAUGCACUGCAUCCGUGCCCUCACCCUGCUGUCAGAGAACACCAGGACCUUCAUCCCAGUGUUGCCAUUUAUCCUGGAGAUUUUCCAACAAGUGGACUUCAACAAGAGACCAGGGCGCAUGAGCGCGAAGCCUAUAAACUUUGCGGUGAUCUUGAAGCUUUCAAAUGCCAACCUGCAGGAGAAGGCCUUCCGAGAUGGACUCAUCGACCAGCUCUAUGACCUGAUUCUUGAGUAUCUUCAUUGCCAAGCCCACAGCAUUGGAUUCCCGGAGCUGGUCCUCCCCACUGUCAUUCAGCUCAAAUCUUUCCUGAAGGAAUGCAAGAUUGCCAACUACUGCAAGCCUAUCCGGCAGCUCCUGGAGAAACUGCAGGAAAAUUCAGCCUACAUCGCCAGCAGGCGUCAGAAAGCCACCUUCGGCGUGGCCAGCAGGGAGUCUGUGGAACAAUGGGAGAAGCAGGUCAAAGAGGAGGGGACACCUCUGACCAAGUACUACGCUCAGUGGAAGAAGCUAAGAGAGAAGGAGAUACAACUGGAAAUCACCGGCAAAGAAAGGCUUGAAGACUUGAACUUCCCAGAAAUUAAACGCAGGAAACAAGAUGAAAGGAAGGAAGAAGACAAGAAGGAAUUCAAGGACCUGUUUGAGCUGGACACCGACUCCGAUGAGGAGAACGUUGGAUUCCCCCUAAAAGGUAAAGCCAAAGGCAAGGUGCCAUCAGACGACAGCUCAGAAGCCAGCAGCAAGGAGGACUAUGGCGAGGACGAUGAGGAUGAAGAGGGAGAGUAUGAAGUCGAGGAGGACGAGGAAGAUUUAGAGGAAGACAGUGACUCAGAUGGGGAAGGCAAGGCAGCCCCGCGGGGCUCGCAGCGGGCACAGAGGAGCAGCCCCCACGCGCUGUCACGCUCCGACCUCCAGCAGCUGGCCCAGGGCGAGGAGGACGUGGUGGAGGAUUUGGCUUUCUCCGAUGAAGACUGAGCCCCUCCCACCCUGCAGCCCCUCUGGCUGGUUCUCCAGGAGGUGGUAAGCGCUGGGGGAAAGAGGGGGGGGGUGCCCAGCCCCAGGUGCUGCCACCAAGGACUGUUGAGGUAAAGCGCAGCACUGAAGCUGCUCGGACUUUGCAGGUUUUUCGACCCAUUUUUUUUUUUUUUUUGGUAAUGCUCUGUGGUCACGUCAAAGCCAGUACAACUGGUAACAGAUAAUAAAAAGCCCUCUUUAAAAUCUGCUUUAAAUAACACGGGGGUCAGUUUCAGCUCCUGCUGGAGCACGAGUGAGCUGACCAAGGGGAAGGACGAGCUCUUUGCAUGAGGACCCUCCUGUCUGCCCCUCCAACCACACAUGGGCCCUGAGGUUCUCUCCAGACCCUCUCCCCAAGGGCUCUUUGCUGGUGUAGAGCAUUUAGGGCUUUCUAUCACUGGAAAUGGAAGCCUUUAGCAGCAGCAUCGGGAGCACCAGAUCUAUCAGCCACGCUGGCUGUACAAAUCAAUGCUAAGAAACUCACUUUAAGGAACAAACGUUGGGCUACGGGAGGGGGCAAAGGGAAGGGGUGGAAGUAGGAUGGAGUAGGAAGAGAUAAAACUAAUAGUGUAAGGAAAAACACUUUGGGUUUUUUGACCUGUUCCACCCAAGUGUCCUGUAGCCCCGUGCUACCUCAGUGCCUGCAGCUGUGACUGAGCCCUGCCUGCCUACACUGAGUGCUGCUCCUGCCCAUUGCCGGGCAGGCAAGCAGGCCAUCACUGCUGCAGUACAGUGGUGGGGGCUGUUUGCUUCUGCUUCAUUCCGAGCUCACCAUGUCUUUUUGGAGAAACAGAAACAGGAAUAGAAAGGGUGUUGCUUUUUUUUUUUUUUUCCCCCCCAACUGCACUGACAAUCAUUAUCAGCCCCAGAGGCCCAGAAGGGGGAGGGAAGUUUCCUCCGAAAUUAAUUAUUUAUUGUUCUAUUUACAGCUCCCCCCGCGGGGGGGGGCAGAGCACCUGCUGCUUCACUGGGCUUCAGAGCUGGGGGCUGAGGCUCUGUACCACUGCUGUGUGUUCAGGCAGGGACACACGGGACCCUGGGAUGGGAACUGUGCAGCUCUGACUGCAAGACAACCAUUUUCACUUACCUUGACUUCCUAUAAGGUAGCUGGGCACGGUGCUUGCUGCCCCCACGUCCCAGUGACAGCAGUACAGCACACAGCAAGGAAACAGAGAGCACUGGGGUUACAGCUGUGCCAGGGGGCUCAGGAGGCCAGGUACUGCUGGUAUUUUAUUUCAACUGAUGGCUGGAAAGCAUCUUUUUAUUGGGAUGUGAUGGAUAAUGACAAGGGGGCUGGGGGGGGGUUGGGUUUUUUUUGCUCUGGGUUUUUUUCCUGUGUGUGUGUCUUUUUUUUUUCUUUUUUUUACAAUAUAAAGAAGCUCAUGUCCCACCAAGCUAUUUCGUAAGAAAAAAAAAAAAAAAAAAAAAAAAAAAAAAAAAAAAAAAGUACCACAUGUGAUUGAUUGUGAUUGUUGCUCACAACUGUACAGGUCACAGGAGGUUGCCCCCAGGAGUCACCAUUGCACUCACAGUAGUCAAAGCUCUGCCCGCUGCGUGUAGCCCCCCCCCCCAGCAUCCCUCCCCUCUGCUGGGAGCACACGGGUACCUCUGCCUCACGCUCUGCACGCGGGCCUGAAUGUGCAACGCCGUCCACCUCUGGAACAAGGCUUGAAAAAAGAACAGGAAUCCUACAAACCAACCGACAACCCCCCCCCAAAAAAAAAACCCCAAGGUAUAAAUGAGUCCGCAGUACACGUGGCGGAGGGGGAGGGUCA